AUGGGUGAGGUUCGACGGAGGGGUGUAGGAGGAGGUCAGGAAAGGGAAGCAGGCAGGAGGGUGGUGACUGAUGAUGAGGGUGGGUGGUGGGCACAGGGCGGAACGAGUGAGGCAGGCAACUGGACCACCAGGGGCCGUCCUUUCUGGCUGACAUUCGCAGGCCAAGCGGGCAGGAGGACUCAGCAGAUCAAGGCGAGGGAACUGCAGCGGCAGCAGAGGGCCCAGCAGAGGCAGCAGCUGAAGCAAGAGCUAGGUGGUCCCAUCCAGCCACCCCCACACCAGGCAACCCAGCAGGUCGUGACCCCGCAACAGCUGAACCAGCAACCGCAGCAGCAGCAGGGGAGAGAGGACCCAAUGCAGCAGGAUGAGCAACAAUUGCCCGUGCUUCCUGGAAUGCAACAGCAGCAGCAGCAAGCACAGAGCCUUCACCAGCAGCAGCAGCAGCAGCAGCAGCAGCAGCAGCAGUCGCAAAUGCAGCCCCCCUCACAGCAGCCGCAGCAGCAAGCAGCGUCGCAGCCAACCCCCCCGCCACCGCCACCACAACCCGCAAACCCCUCCCAGCAGCAGCAGCAACAGCUGCAGCAGCUACAAUUACAGCAACUUCAAAUGCAGCUACAGCAACGGCAGCUGCAGCAGCAGCGGCGGGAGGCGGGGCAGCUGGCAGGGCUGGGGGGGAACGGAGCGGCGAACGGCGUUGCGGGAGGUGUAGCAGGGGAGGCGGGGUUGAGGCAGGCGGCGAGUGGCGUGCUGGCGAGUCGGCUGUAUGAGGAGCGGCUGAAGCAGGCGCAGUUGGCCAGGGCGGAGAGCGGGGCGAGCAUGGACGAGGCGGCUCUCAGGCAGGAGAGCAAGGCGGACGUGCAUGCAGUCAUGUCGGGGCGGGCAGGAUCGGCCAUAUCUGACAAUGCACUCGCGUCCAUGGCACAAGGCAUAUCAUCAGCUGCCAGGUCCGCUCAGCUGCAGCAGAUGAAGGGCAACUGGCCCGCAGGCCUUUCGAUCGCACGUCUGUUCAACUCGCCCCAGUACCAGAUGCUCUCUCCCAUACAGCAGCAGCACCUGCUGCAGCAGGCACAGGCACAGGGCCUCAUCACCAGCGCAGGCGCGCUAGCAGGGCUAGCAGGCGCAGGGGGAGGCGCAGGGGGCGCAGCAGGGGGAGCAGCAGGGGCGGGGGCUGCAGGGGGAAUGCAAGGGGGAGGGGGAGCGGGAGCUGGGGCGGCGAGCGGUGGGGCGGGUUUGGGCGGCAAUCUGCCAGGGCGGGCGGCAGGAGGGACGUCCCUAGUGGGAUUCGGGGCGGGUAUGGCAACAGAAAUGGAAAAUCGGCAGCUGAGGCAGCUACUGAGUAAGGGGGUAGCUGGGAACCCUGCUGCUGCAGCUGCGAUGGCAGCAGCGGCAGCAGCGGGGGCGGGGGGGAAGGGAGGAGGGGAGGAGGGGGGUGGGUCGCCCAGUGUGGGGUCGCCUGCUGGCAUGCUGCCGUCCGGUGCUGCUGCUGCUGUGGCAGCCGCUGCUGCUCUCAGUCGAGGGGCGUCGCCUCAGGAGCAGCAGGAGAUGAUUCUCAAGCUGCAAGCUCAACGAGCGCGGGCCAUGGGUGCACAGGGCGCCAUGGGGGGCCUGAUGGGCGUUCAGGUGAAGCAGGAGCAGCUGCUGCUGCUGCAGCAACAUCAGCAGCUGCUACUGCAGCAGCAGCAGCAGCAGCAGCAGCAGCAGCAACAGCAACAGCAGCAGCAGCAACAGCAACAACAGCAACAGCAGCAGCAGCAGGUGAUGGGGGCGCCUGGGCAGCACAUGCAGCAGGAGGGGCAUCAGGGGGGGAUGGGACGGCAGGGCAGCAUAGGCGGACCAGCGAGAGCAGCAGGGCAGCAGCAGCAGGGGCAGGGACAGGGACAGGGACAGGGACAGGGACAGGGACAGGGGCAGGGGCAGGGGGGACAGGGAGGGGCACAGGGGGGGAUGCAGGGGCAGCAAGAGCAGCAGCAGCAGCAGAUGGGUGUGCCUGCAGAGGGGCCAGGGGGGAAGGUUGGGGCGAAAGAGGAAGCAGCCCGCUUUGGCAUGGAAGGGACGCUCUCAGGGGAGCCGUCCCCAGGGAACCAACUGGUGGAGUUGGAGCGGUUUGGGGUGGGGGACGAUGGGUCGCUGGACGACAAUGUGGACUCGUUCCUGUCCACUGAUGAUGGGGAUGGCCGCGAGCCGCUGUUCUGCACCGGCAAGCGCAGCAGCAUGGGCAGCAUGGACGGGAAAGGUUUCUCCUUCACGGAGUAUGGGUGUCUGAGGGCCAGCUCCACCAAGGUCGUGUGCUGCCACUUCUCCCAGGAUGGCAAGCUGCUCGCCAGUGCUGGGCAUGAUAAGACGGCUGUGCUGUGGGAGAUGGAUUCGCUCUCAAUGCGGGCAACCCUGGAGGGCCACUCGCUGCUCAUCACCGACGUGCGGUUCAGCCCCAGCCUGCCACGUGUCGCCACGUCAUCGUUUGACAAGACUGUGCGCGUGUGGGACAUUGACAAUCCGGCCUUCCCCCUGCGCACGCUAGCGGGUCACAUGACAUCUGUGGUCUCGUUGGACUUCCACCCCGAGGACGAGGACCUUCUGUGCUCCUGCGACGCUGACGGGGAGAUUCGCUACUGGAGUGUCAAUCAGGAGAUGUGCACCCGGGUGUUCAAGGGCGCUACCACGCAGGUGCGCUUUCAGCCGCGCAUGGGGCGGCUACUGGCAGCAGCGGCUGAGUCGGUAGUCUCGAUAUUCGACGUCGAGACAGAGGCCUGCCUGCGCACGCUCGAGCAACGGCACAGCAAACCAGUGCACUCGGUCUGUUGGGACGCCACAGGCGAGUUCAUAGCCUCGGUCUCAGAGGACGCAGUGCGAGUGUAUGCGCUGGGGCCGGGCAACGGGGGCGAGUGUGUGCAUGAGCUGGUCAGCAGUGGCAACAAGUUUCACUCAUGCACCUUCCACCCCAAGUACCCCUCGCUGCUCGUCAUCGGCUGCUAUCAGCUAUGGAGCAUGGUGGAGAACAAGAGCAUGAUCAUGCAAGGGAGGCCUAGCACAUGCAUAGUCAGCCUUUGA